ACACAUCAACUGUCAGUGUCAAAACAACGUAAAUAAUUUGGAAAUUGUGUUUUCUAGCGUAAAUAACAAUAUUAUGCAAUAAACAUGGCUAAAUUCAGCCUUAAAGAUAGCGAUGAAUACUAUUUAGCGCUUUCAGAGCAACCGAAGAGAUUUGACGCUGAUAGCCCGGUAACAAAUGUAUUUUUCGAUGAUACCAAUGGACAGGUUUUUACAGUCCGAUCCGGGGGCGUUACAGGCGUCACGGUCAGCGGAAUGGACGAAUCCAAAUCAACAUCCUUCAGAAUGGAAGACAGAGGUCCCAUAAUCUCAAUCAAAUUCUCGCCAGACCAUAAUAUUCUGGCUAUUCAAAGAAAUCUGGAUAAUCAGAAUGCUAAUGUGGAAUUCGUGAAUUUCAAAGACUUGGCUCCUACGAAUGUUGAAUAUUCGCAUACAUGCAAGUGGAAGAAUGCCAAAAUACUGGGGUUUGUGUGGCCGAGGGUCAAUGAGAUAGCCUUUAUCACAGACCAUGGAAUUGAGCUGUUGCAAGUUUUUCCAGAGAAGAAACAAUUGAAGAGCCUGAAAAGUACUUCAUUUAGUGGGGCCUGGUUCUCAUGGUGCGCCCAGAGCAACAUAGUGCUAUUGGCAGGAAACAAUGGAGCCCUGCUGCAGCCUUUUGCUUUGAACAACUCCACCAUCAGCAAGCUGCAGAAAUUGGAAUUGGACAAGCCUGUAGUGGAACGUGAUGUGAUGUUGCUACGGCUGUGUGGCGCCACCUGGUGCGCCGUGUUCAGGCACGCCACUAGUUCUUCUCUACUGGCACCUGGACCCACUGAGCUGUGGUUGUUGCCCGUGACUGGCGGCGGACAGACGCGGAUUCUAAGAACAGGACUCGCGGGGCGCUUCGCCGUCAGCGUGCUUGACAACCUUGUUGCUGUACAUCACCAGUCAAGCCAAACCUCCCAAAUAUUCGACAUCAUGGAGGAAGCCAAAUCGGAGCCCCACGCGACUGUUCACAUCCCUGUGGUGCCGGCGCACACUAUGCGGCCCGCUUACGUCGACGGACAACUAUGUCCUAUGUAUUCAGGCAACUGGGUGGUGUUCCAACCGGACUAUAUAAUCGAUGCGCGUCUGGGAUGUCUAUGGCGCGUCAAGCUAAUCCCCUCUGGGCUGGCUCAUUCCGUGCCAAAAGAUGAGAUAUCGAAGAUAGUAGCAGUGCUGCUCCGACGGACGGACGGAAAAGAAACUAUCUACAGCAUAUUAGAUCAAUUGGUGUCCAGUCCAGCCACUUAUCUAGUUCAACUGUCCAAAGUGUUUGACGAAAUUAAUGCAGUGUACAGAAAAUGGGCCGACCAAGAAGUGGCUCGAAACACCGCAGGGGAGACCGGAGCCCCCACUGCACAUAUACCCGUGCUCAUUACACAGGAACACAUGUGCACGUUGCUGCAGCCACACAACAACCUGGUGCAGGUGGUGACAGCUUACUUAGCUUCCCUAGCCCGCCACAACAUAACGGUCCAGCAUACGUGCGCGGCGCUCUGCGUACGCGCACUGGUAACAGGCGGCGCGGCAUCUCGUCUACGAGCGUUGGCUCGACGCGGCGCGCUCGCCGACGCCAGGCCGCUGGCGUGCCAGUUGCUGGCGCUGGGCGGGAAGCAUAGCCACCACGCGCAGCUGGCGCUGGAUAUGAUGUGGAGACUGGACGCCGUUCAGGAAAUAGAAGAGGUCCUGCUAAGCUGGAACGAGCCCGUGUCAGCCAUCGGCGCGGCGAAACAAGCCGGCGCCCACGUGUGGCACGCCAUACCCGCCCGGAAACUGCUGCAGGCCGCCAAACAGUGCGCGGAGCAGAACGGCGACCCGGGCGCCUUCGCGGCUGUCUAUAGAGCGCUGCAGGCGAGAAACGACAGGAUAAGAGGGGCACCGCAUUUUCUGAAAGGCGAACAGUGCGACGCGUACGUGGAAUACUACAAGCAGAUAAUGUCGGAAUGAAGAAAAAAUCCUGUUUCACAUAAACAUCGAAAUGCCUAAUAUAAAUGGUUUUCAAAAAACGUCCAAGACCAGACUUUAAUCUAAACAUUGAUAGAUUUUAGAAGAGGCGUGGUGAAAGAAUUGUGUCUUCAAAUUUGAUUGCUGAACUAUGUGGCGCUAUGUUUUGUGUUAACUGAACUGUUACAAGUCAACCUUUGACAAUCGAAGUUUGCACAUAACGCACGUGGCCGUACAGCGACAUCUACUUUAGCUGUCAAACGCGAAGCAUGAAUUUUUCUUAAAUUUUAGACCUCUUCUACUACCUAAAGUAUCUACCUAUUAGGGCCACUUGCGCUGAUAGCCACUAACUCAGGGUUAACCCUGAGUUGCCAGUACAAUUAAACUCCGAGUUAGUGGCUAACCCUGGAUGGUUUAAGUGGCCCUUUAUAACUCUUCUAUAAACCUAUUGGUUUAGAGCUAAUCAUGUAGAAGAAAACACCCAUGACACAAAAAAUACCAAUGCACCCAGUUGGCGUACGAUUUUUAGCACUAAUGCUUUGAGAUAAAGUUGAACGUGCCAACAAUUGGAGGGGUGUUGAUAAUAGAUAAAGUGAUGUUGGGGCUCCAACCAAAUAAAAUAAAUUGAUCUGUGAUUAUUCGAGUUGAGUUCACGCGCAAUGAAUUGAGCAAAAAAUCAUUUAUAAAUAAUAUAGAUAUAUUUAUAAAUUAUAAUAGCAACUUGAGACCUUUACCAAAUGUUAGUGGCCUCCACUAUUCUGUCCUAUUUAUAAAGGUAGUGUGAACUCAACAUUUCUGUAUUUAGGUAGUAGAUAUUUUAUUACUGUAGUUAAGGAAUCUAAUGGUUUUUUUUAAUGUUAACAAACACCAUAUUAAUAAUUACAAAAUCAUUAUUAGUAAUUUAUAACUGUUUAUAUUAUCAAAUGAAUAUAUGUAUUUGUAGAAAAUAAACUUAAAUUACUUUUCA